AUGAGCUCCAUCGCCUUUCCCGCGUUCGAGCGCGCCCAGCAGGAGCACAUGGGCUUUGACCGAGCCGCAGAGGAGCUCUACCAGUCUGCUGCCGAAGCGGUCCAGGUACCCGAGGCCUCUGCUUCGGAUGCUGCCGUCGUCACAGCCUCCCAGCAGCCAUCGCUCCAAGAUUCGGCCGAGCCGACGCAGGCUCCGCAGCCCAAGAUCACCAAGCGUGUCAACGCCCGCCUCCAGCUCGCAGCCGCCCUGAUCGAGGCAGACAACGAUCGCAUCCUCGAAAAGGCUCAGUUCUGGCACAUCUCCCACCCCCAGCGUCCCGAUGAUGAUCUCCGUCCACCACCUCCUCCCGAGCCCGCACUCGCAAGCCAAAGUGCCAUCUUUGCUCCCUACAGAGAGGGCGCCAGCCUGGCCGUAAAGCGUCAUGUCCGCACAUGGAGCGCUGCCACCGGCCUUUCGCGUCUUCUCGAGCCUAGCGACGACGGUCGCCGUCCGAGCGUCGACUUUCUUGGCGUCGCACUCCCUACCGAGAAGAGGGCUCGCAGCCGUGCAGGAAGCAAUGCCUCGGCUCUUGCUAUCACAGAACGACCUCGCAGUCGCGCAGAAAGCAUCUUCUCCAACGCUGCCACCUCGGUCCUGGGCCGUACGUCCAGAAUUGGCUCUCGCCCUGGCAGCGUCCUCGAUGUUGCCCGCGACGACGAUGCGCUCUCCGAUGCAGAAGUCCUGAGCGAAUGGGGCAUCGACAAGUUCCUGAGCAGAGAGGAACGAGACCGACUGGCUGCUGGACAGCACACUCGCACACAAAGCCUCACUGGAGGCGUCGCAGCAAGUCCGUCGCUCGACAACGCGGCUGCUCACUCAAUACCCACACGCAAAUCCUUGGAUGCCGUUCGCUUUCCACCCAACCACACCACAGAUCCAAAGCGUGCCAGCUCGGACAUCGGCACCGCUCCGGUCGCCACCUCCAAUCCACCUGCCACCGCAGACGCCAAGUUGGAGUUGCUCGCAAAGAUCAAACUCUACCGAGAGCGUCAGGAGAACCUCCCGCCGUCGGAAUGGAGUGGUCCCGGUCCCACUGCCACCAAAGACCAGGUCGUCGAGCACAUCAUCGCUUCCUCCCACAACAACAAGCGCGCAUCCCUCCGCGAAGCUUCUGAGAUUCUCAGCCAGGAUCAGCUUCCGCCGGCCGCGGACGGCGCCAAUGCAUCGCAUGAGCAUGGCGAUGAAGCUGCAGGUGGCCUUGCGGCAUCCAUCAUUCACCCACCUCGUCCGUCUUCCCGCGCCGAAUCCAAUGCUUCAUCCGCCUUCCUCGGUGCAACUGGGCCGGUGGAACCGAUCAACGGCAUCGACGCUCCCUCGGCGCUGACCACCACCGGAACAACUCAAGUGAGCGAAUGCGUUGAACAAGAACCAUCGCUUGCGCAAAACGAUGCAAACGCCGCCCAGGCACCCCGUUCAUUGCCUCCCGCUCCCAGCCAGGCUAUUCCAAUUCCGCAGAAUCCUGAAGCGGCCGAAUCGGAAAUUCCUGCCCAGGACAGCAUCGCCGCAGACAUCGACAUGGUCGGCGUUGGCUCCUACUCGCGAAGCCAAUCUAGGCGCAACUCCUUCCUCGGAGGUCCCAUGUUCAACCCACACGGUCAGACUGCUACAGCUUCCGACCAGCUGGAGUCCUCUUCGGCUUUGCCUCAAAGAGGAUCCCAGCCCAUCGCGCCGUCGCAUCUGGGGCAUGCAAAAGGUCCAAGUCGCAGUUGGUCUCAAGAUCUGUUCGCCGAGCAUGACCUCGGACUCGGUCCCAGUCCUUUCGCUGCCGCUUUGCAGGCCGCAAGCCCCACGCUUGGUCCCGUGCCCGAUGCCAGCAUGCUCGACAUUGCGGCAGGCAGAGGCACUUCUCCAGCCAUCGAUUUCAACAGUCUCACGACCAGACAGCUGCAGGCGGUCGCACGCAACUCCACUUUCCCCUCGCAUCUUGGCAUCAACCGCGAUCUCCUGGCCGAAGAGGAGCUGAUCCAAGAUGCACAUUUGGACCAGGACGAGUUCGGCCAGCUGCGCAAGGCAAAACCGAGGCCAAUCUCGUACGACUUUUCGGCUCUGGCUCAAGACCUUGCCAAGACUGGUGGCGAGAACUUCGAGAUCCAGCUGGGCGGCCCCGUCGCCCCCGACCUUUCGUCCGCCAAUUGGGGCAAACCGCGCAAGAAGUGGUUCCGUUUGAGCAUGAUGAUGGACGCCAAAGGCAAGCCAGCAAAGCAGAAGAGCGCCUCGCAUCGAGAUGGCGAUGAAGGCGACGCCGAAUCGGACGCCGAAAUCCUCUCGGCUACCGUCGCACCUGUCGAUCAGGCCGUCGACAUUGGCGAGACUGAAACAGCACCGAACCUCUCGGACAUGUACGCGGCUGAGCCUGCCGCCAAGAUGGCAGCCGAUACGGCCGACGCCCAAGAGGAAGAAGAGGGUGACGUCGACGACGACUACAUCAGCCCGCCACGACGAGGACCACUCAAGCCGCGUGGCCUUGUCGCUCGGAUGCCAAAGACGCUUGUGAUGCCCCAGCCGUUGCAAGGCACCGAGUUCGCACCCAAGCUUCGACUCGCGGAGCCAUCGAACGCGCCACUCCCGGCUGCCCACGAGGACAAGCGUCAGAGCCUCCACGUGCCCGAUGGUUUCGUUUUGCACGACGUCCGCGGCGGCCUGCCGCCCAUGCGUAGCCUUGUCGUGCACAGCGCCAGCGGCCCUCAGCCCAUGUUUGUCGCCAAACCCAAGAACAAGAAGAGCGAGCAGGUGUCCGCCCGUCUCAAGGCUGUCGAAGUCGGCAGAACUGUUCAGGUGCCGGCAGCGGCACCCCGAGGUGUUGGUCGCCGUGCCGCCGUGCCCACGACCGCGCUCUUCCGCAAUCAUCUUGUCCAACAUGACGACGAGCGCGAAGGUUGGGGCUGGGAAGCGGGUACGCGUGUCGACGACAUGCUCAACCCGGACAAGGCCGACGACUCGGACGAUGACGACAAACCACUCGCCGACAUCAAGAAGCAGGGCCGAUCCGCCAAGCGUGCUGCCAAGCGGCUCGCCAAGGCCAAACGCAAGAGGAAAGCAGCGCGACGAGUGCGGCGCGAGAAGCGUGAGCAGGCGCUCAGAGAAGGCAAGUCCUUCCAAGAAGUUGGAGUGGACGAGCUCAGCCCGGACGAGGACCUGGAUCUCAGCAGCACCACCAGCGAAGAGGACGAAACCGAGACUGACACCGACUCGGACCUCUGGGCAAGCGACGAUGACAAGCGUUGGGUCGACGACAACAAGCCAGCCGGCAAGCUGUACGGCAAGAGCUUGCUCGACCUCGCCACGGAGCGCAAUGUCGAGCGCAAGUCCAAGGCACGCUUCUACGGCCAGGUCCAGCUCGAGGGCGGCGAGACCACGAUGCUCCAGAUCGAUGGAGAGGACGACACGGCCUCGCAGCGUCCCAACGGCGCAGCAGCUGGAGCCGCCUCGGUCUACGAUGACGGCGCUUCAGUUGCGCCGAGUGCCAAGAGCUUCCGCGACAAGCCGCUCGGCUACAAUGACACGCGCGAACGCAUGGAGGCCGUCUUUGGCGCUGACCAGGUUUGGGCUCGCGAGAUGGCCAAGAGACAGGAAGAGGAGGCGAGAGAGGCCGAGGCGGCCCGAGCUCAGGCGGAGGCGGAAGCAGCCGCCCGGCAACAGCUCGAGGCCCAGGCUCAGGCUAGACCGAAGAAGGAGCGCUCUUUGUUCACGCUGACGAAGAAGAACAAGAAGCAGCGAGCGAAUCUGGACGUCUCCAACCCUUCGGCAAUGGGAAGCACCGCCAGCCUCGCCGCCUCGAACGCAGAAGCGAUCUCGGUGACCAGCUCGAAGCGCGAUGCUGCGACUGAUCAGCUGGGCAAAUCCGCUGAUGUUCCCGAGCGUAGCCUCACGCCAGUCGAACCACCUGUCUUGGCACUCGACAUCGGCGACGCUGACGACGCAGGCGAAGAGGGCGGACGCGGUCGAAUGACUCCGUCGCUCCUGGCGGGCGAGCAAAAGGCUGCCGAGGAGUGGCUCAUCACCUCGGACAACGAAGACGGCGAGGGCAAGCAAGACUCGAGUGACGACGAUGAUGUUCCGCUCGCGCAGGUGAAGAAGAACGUGGCCUCGCGUCCAGUUUCCCUUGCUGCUGGCCUGUCGCUGAAGCCCAAUGGAUCUGGCAACGCCGACUCGUCCGACGAAGAGUUGCCGCUGGCUGCGCUCAAGGAGAAGCGAAUUCGACAGUCAAUGCUGUUGGGUGGUGGCAAGCUCGACCUGGACUUCACAUCGACGCGGGACAGCGGAUCGCGAGAUGGAACCGGUGCUGUGCCGUCGCUGUCGGCCUCGUCGCUUCGUGCUGCCAGCGCAAGGGGGGUUGCAGGUGCAGGAGCCGAGGUCAAGGAAGAGGACGACGAUUCGGAUGAGGAUUUGCCGUUGGGACAGCGACACCCUGGCGGUAACGCGGCGCUUGCGGCUAUGCGCCUGGCGCUGGAGAAGGAGAAGCGGGACAAGAAGGAGGCGCACCAGGCUCAAAAGGCGCAGCAAAGAGCUGCCAAGUUGGCGCGCCAGGUCAGCACUGGUGACGGCGAUGAGGAGGACGGUGAGCAGGUCCAGACUGGCGCGAAGGAGGACGACAGCGGCGACGAUGAUGAUGACGACGACGACAGCGAGGACGACAAACCUCUGGGAUACGUGCAUCCGCAGGCGGCGAUCAUCGCCGAGCAGGCAGCGCUCAUUCGACAGCUGCAGAUGGAGAAGGAGCAGCAGCAACGUUCGGGCGACUCGCCGUCUGGCUCGGGUUUCGCUUCGCCGUCCGGACUGGACGUUCGCUCGUCGAUGAUGUUCAACCGAAUGAGCGCGAUGCCCAGCAUGGGCAUGGUGGGCGGCAUGGGCGGCAUGGGUGGCAUGGGGAUGCCCGAUCCACGUCAUUCGGUCAUGGGGCUGCCCGGCGGCGGCAAUCCGAUGAUGGGUGUACCGCAGUGGGAUGGCAUGCCUGCUGUGUCGUCGGGCCUUCCGAUGGGCAUGUCGAUGCCGAUGGGAAUGUCGAUGGGCAUGGCCGGAGCUGCCGUCGCGUCGCCGGGCUCACAGAUCGGCGGUGCUGGCGGCAUGCCACCGCAAGCGAUGCCGAUGACCAUGCCAGUGCCGAUGAUGGGAUCGCCUGCGGGCGCGGCGCCCAUGACGCCGAAUGCAAUGGCGAUGAUGAUGGAUCCAAAGGCCUCAUCGAUCCACAACUGGCGUACGCAGGUGCCAGCGGACGCCUCGGCAACCGUCACUCCGCCGGGCAACGUGUCGGCCGUCAACUCUGCCGGCUAG